GGCGGCCGAGCAUGGAAGAACAGCAGCCGGAACCUAAAAGUCAGCGCGACUCUGGCCUCGGCGCGGCGGCGGCGGCGGCGGCCCCGGGCGGCCUCAGCCUGAGCCUCAGUCCUGGCGCCAGCGGCAGCAGCGGGAGCGAUGGAGACAGCGUGCCCGUGUCCCCGCAGCCCGCGCCCCCCUCGCCGCCCGAGGCGCCCUGCCUGCCGCCCCUGGCCCACCACCCGCACCUCCCCCCGCACCCCCCGCCCCCGCCGCCGCCGCCGCCGCAGCAUCUCGCGGCGCCUGCUCACCAGCCGCAGCCCGCGGCCCAGCUGCACCGCACCACCAACUUUUUCAUCGACAACAUCCUGAGGCCGGAUUUCGGCUGCAAAAAGGAGCAGCCGCCGCCGCAGCUCCUGUUGGCGGCGGCGGCCGGAGGAGGCCGGGCCGAGCGUGACAGAGGCCAGACUGGCGCAGGUAGAGACCCUGUCCACCCUCUGGGCACGCGGGCUCCGGGCGCUGCCCCUCUCCUCUGCGCCCCGGACGCUAACUGUGGCCCACCCGACGGCUCCCAGCCCGCCACCGCCGCAGGCGCGGGCGCGUCCAAAGCCGGGAACCCGGCUGCAGCGGCGGCGGCGGCAGCAGCAGCGGCGGCCGUGGCAGCAGCGGCGGUGGCGGCAGCGGCUAAGCCCUCGGACAGCGGCGGCGGCAGUGGAGGCAGCGCGGGGAGCCCUGGAGCGCAGGGCACCAAGUACCCGGAGCACGGCAACCCUGCCAUCCUACUCAUGGGCUCGGCCAACGGCGGGCCAGUGGUCAAAACUGACUCGCAGCAGCCCCUCGUCUGGCCCGCUUGGGUCUACUGCACGCGCUACUCGGAUCGCCCAUCCUCUGGUCCGAGGACCAGGAAGCUGAAGAAGAAGAAGAAUGAGAAGGAGGACAAGCGGCCGCGGACGGCUUUCACGGCCGAGCAGCUGCAGAGACUCAAGGCGGAGUUCCAGGCCAACCGCUACAUCACCGAACAACGGAGGCAGACCCUGGCCCAGGAGCUCAGCCUCAACGAGUCCCAGAUCAAGAUCUGGUUCCAGAACAAGCGCGCCAAGAUCAAGAAAGCCACGGGCAUUAAGAACGGCCUGGCGCUGCACCUCAUGGCCCAGGGACUGUACAACCACUCUACCACGACGGUCCAGGACAAAGACGAGAGCGAGUAGCUGCGGCUGCGGGGCCCCGCGGUGGGGCCGCCCGGCCUUCGCCCCGUCCCGGCUUGGCCGCCAGCGCCUCCGGGCCGGCUGCUGGAGGGAGGGAGCGAGCGGGAAGACAGAGAGACAGAGAAAGAGCGAUCCUCGGAACGGAUAGUCUCGUUUGAACGAAACAGUUUUGAAAAGGGAGAAAGACUCGGACAGGUGCUAUCAAAAAAUAUGAUCUAUUCUCUAUUCACAGUGUAAGGGAUGAAACUGCGAACUCCUUAAAGCUCUAUCUAGCCAAACCGCUUACGACCUUGUAUAUAUUUAAUUUCAGGUAAGGAAAACAAAUAUGUGUAGCGAUCUCUAUUUGCUGGACAUUUUUAUUAAUCUCUUUUAUUAUUAUUGUUAUAAUUAUUAUAAUUAUUAUAAUUAUUUUAUCUUUUAUCCCUCUUCCCCGCCUCGCUGCCCCCGGCCCGGUUUCAUUUUCGUUGCUUUUUUUUUUCUUUUGAACGUUUUCGCUUCUCCGGUCACCGCCCCCAUCACUGGCCCUCGUUUCUCUGGGACUUUUCUUUGUGUGCGUGAGAGUGUGUUUCCUUGAGUGCCUGCCCUCGCCUCUCCCCACCUCCCACGACCC